CCAGCGAACAAACAGCAAACAAAACCGAACAAUAUGUGCACAAUGCCAGCAGCAAGCACAGAUGCAUCCGGCUUUGGCUCCGGCGAUGCAUCAACUGACCUCAACGCAGCAAGGAGCCACUCCUGCUCCUCCUCGUCCCCGUCCUGCCACCAAGGACACCAAGGACACCGCUUAAACUUGCGCAUAUUUAAACUUUUGAUUAGCUGCUGCCUGCUAAUGCUGUGCAUUUACCCAAACGCCUGGCACUUGUCCAUCGGCCCCAGAUCGGGAUCCAUCUGGGCCUCGGCCGACAGCAUCAAGGGACGCGGCGAUGCCCAUCGCCUGGACGAGAUGGGCUCCCACUCGCACACCUCCCACACGUCCUCGUCCCUGCCGUCCUCCUGGCUCACCCAGAGCAAUAACCAUGCAAAUAUAUCCGAGCUGCUGGAUAAUCUGCUGCGCGGCUAUGACAAUAGCAUACGGCCGGAUUUCGGUGGACCUCCAGCAACAGUGGAAGUGGAUAUAAUGGUUCGCAGCAUGGGACCAAUAUCAGAGGUCGACAUGACCUACUCGAUGGACUGUUAUUUUCGGCAAUCCUGGGUGGAUAAACGUCUCGCAUUCGAGGGGGCCCAGGAUACGCUGGCACUGAGCGUCUCGAUGUUGGCCCGGAUUUGGAAGCCGGAUACGUACUUUUACAACGGCAAGCAGAGCUAUUUGCACACGAUUACCACGCCGAAUAAGUUUGUGAGGAUCUAUCAGAACGGACGCGUUCUGUACUCCAGCCGUCUGACAAUUAAAGCCGGCUGCCCGAUGAAUCUCGCCGACUUUCCCAUGGAUAUACAAAAGUGUCCCCUGAAAUUCGGUUCAUUUGGCUACACCACGUCCGAUGUCAUCUACCGCUGGAACAAAGAGCGACCCCCAGUCGCCAUCGCCGAGGACAUGAAGCUGUCCCAAUUCGAUUUGGUCGAUUGUCCGGCUGGGAAUUUAACGGACAUUGUGUACAAGGCGGCGGCUCCACGGCCGCAACGUCGGCCGUUCAGCAACAAGGACCCACCGCGACCCACCAGCAAGGUGCUGACCACUUUCGCCGGUCCGGCGGCAAAGAAUCAGCAUGUCCGCGGCACAGGACUCAAACUGGACAAAGGUGCCUUUGGCACAGGACGAGAUGCAACCGGAGGAGCGGGGUCCACAACCGGAUUGAGUGGCACCAUUACCCUGGAGACCAAUCAUCCAUCCGAAUACUCGAUGCUGAUGGUGAACUUCCACCUGCAGCGCCACAUGGGCAACUUCCUGAUCCAGGUGUACGGUCCGUGCUGCCUGCUGGUGGUCCUCAGCUGGGUGUCCUUCUGGCUGAACCGCGAGGCUACCGCCGAUCGGGUUUCGCUCGGCAUCACCACCGUGCUGACGAUGACCUUCCUCGGGCUGGAGGCUCGCACGGAUCUGCCCAAGGUUUCCUAUCCCACGGCGCUGGACUUCUUCGUGUUCCUCUCGUUCGGCUUCAUCUUCGCCACCAUCCUGCAGUUCGCAGUGGUGCACUACUACACCAAGUACGGCUCGGGGGAGUGCUACUUCAUUAUCGAGGAGCUGGACUCGGAUUCCGGUGAGUCGGAGACGGAGCCACUGACCUCCGAUUACAGGGGCAGCACCGAGUCCAAGAUCUACGAGGUCAUUCCGCUCUCGAUGUGCGCCAUCAGCAUGCCGCCGCCGCCCAAUCGACUGGGCAUGCUCACCUCCAGGAGUCGGGGACCGCGGAACAGGCGACACGGUCUGUGGAGCAUGAAGCUCCUGGGUCUCUUCGACUGGCGGCGCCGAAGAAAGCCGUCCCGCGGCGACUCCGAUGAGGAGGAGGACGACGAGCAGACGCAGCUGAGGGCCAACGAGGCACCGAGCACAUCGGCGGCAGCUGCAGCGGCACAGGCUGCUGCACAGGCGGCUCGGAUUAGUCCUUCCAGCGGAGGAGGUGGUCGCCGCAGGAUGUCCUACUACCGACGCGAGGAGAUGGAGGCUCGGAGGAAGGGCAAACGAACCCCGCAGUACAACUCCGUGUCGAAGAUCGAUCGCGCCUCGCGGAUCGUCUUCCCGCUGCUCUUCAUCCUGAUCAACGUGUUCUACUGGUACGGCUACUUGUCGCGGAGCUCCCGGAUCUUGGCCAACACGCCGGAUGCGAGCACCUGA